UUGACGCACACAAUGACCAGAAUGCAAGCGAUUGCAGUCGUUGAGCCGUUAGUGUACCGCAUCCAGAGAGAGCUGUGGCAAAAUGCGCUGAAUGACGAACUCGUAUCUAAAUGGAAAGAGGAGACGGUUGCGGUCUUGCCUCUAUCCUCUAAGGCUUGGCUCGCUACGUGGGCCAGACAGGCAGGCAAACCGAUAAUUCUCGAGCGACUAGAAAAGUUUGCUGAGGAUCGAGAAGUGUACCAAUGGACGGAAACUCAAAGACGUCCAGGCCUAGCGUUGUGGUCGACAACGUCCCCAGCUGUAACAAUUCUGGACGACUUGUUCGAACUGGCUGAAGUCCCAGACCUGAAUAGGGAAAUGGCGAGACGAAAAUUGAAGGCAAUGACUGCAUCGCUUCGUCACUAUAUUUUCAAGAUGGAGGAACGCAUGUAUUUGAGGGCUAAAGCAGAAGCCAUGAAAGGUAUAAACGGUCUUCAGGAUACCAUCAAGCUUGCUAUGGCCAACUCUACGGACGGCAUUCAGGAUACCAUCAAGCUUUCUAUCAAAGAAGAAAUGCAAAGCUUUCAACAAGGCAAUGAGAAAGGUACCACCAAG